AUUGCAGUUUCUAGAACAGUCAGUGAGUUUUGGAAAAGUAUUCGUGCAAUAUGUUGAAGCUAAAAGUUUUUCUUGUCGUAGGAUUCGUUGUUCUCUUAGGCGUAUCGGCAAAGGCACAAGACAUAGAAGAUGACGACCACGAAAAUGAGAUUCCUAUUACCAUCAUCGAAGGUUUUAAACAUUCUAUAGAAGAACAAGUCCAGAAGAACCAUCUCAAUUGCAAAAAUCAUGCAAAGUAUUGCAAAGAGCAAAAUAAAGGCGAAGCCGUCUGCCUGUUAAUUAUGAAAAGUUUUCUGUGCGAUAACAAGACGUCGGAUGAGCAAAUCAAGGCCUUGAUUGAAGAACUGUAUGCGAAAUCGAAAGUAGAAUACGACCAGCAACACGAACACGGUUCCGCAGCUUAAUAUCGUCGAUUUGAAUUGAAAAAUAAGUAUAUAUUCCCAUAUAAUCUUCAACCUCUAUACGAUACUAGAAAUAAAGAAAUACCAAAUAAA